AGCAAUUUCUUCCCCAUUUCUAAGCAACAAGAUUCUUUGUAAAAGAACAAGCUUUCUCCACUUUCAACGGUUCAUCAAUCCAAAUACAGUGGUCAAAGCCCUACCAGCAGCGCCACCAGUCCACCACCAUGCACCAACCAACCACAAAAGGAAACAAUACCUAACCACGAACCAACCAAACCACGCGUGAACCAGGAACAACCUUCGUCCCGCACGAGCCAACUAUCAAAAACCAAAAUAGACGAAAACGACAAAAAGAACCUCAUAAAACGCCAAAACAUUCGAUUCUUCAAAAAAAUCAAACCCCCGCUUUCAAUGGCCUGAACAAAAAAUUGCUGUCUAUAUAUAUUUUUUUCUAUCGUUGUCAUUGUCUCGCUGUCAGUCGUCUUUUUUUCUUCGAUGGCCUCUCUUUCAGGCCUCUGCUCUUCCUCCCCUUCUUUGAAGCCUAAGCAUAAUGGAAUCUCCAAACUCACCCCUUCGCUUCGCGAGGACUCACUCGCAUUCUCAACUCGUUCUAACUCCAACUCUAAAGUCGUCGCGACUCACUCCGUUGCUCGCGGAAUAUCCGCCGAUUUGUCCAAAACGAACAACGUCAGCGUUUUGAAGAAGGCCAGUCAAGGGGGAGAGCUCGAGAAAGAUCCUAAAACGCUGUGGAGGAGAUACGUUGACUGGUUGUACCAGCACAAGGAGCUCGGGUUGUACCUCGAUGUCAGUAGGAUCGGGUUCUCGGAUCAGUUUGUUUCUGAAAUGGAGCCCCGAUUCCAAGUCGCGUUUAAAUCUAUGGAGGAAUUGGAAAAAGGCGCCAUCGCCAAUCCCGACGAAGGACGGAUGGUGGGCCACUAUUGGUUGAGGAACGCUAAACUCGGGCCGAAUUCGUUUCUGCGGCUACAGAUAGAGAACACUCUCGACGCCGUUUGCAAGUUCGCCGAUGACGUCAUCAGCGGUAAGAUUAAACCUCCGUCUUCUCCUGAGCGUCGUUUUACUCAAAUUCUCUCAGUUGGUAUUGGAGGUUCGGCUCUGGGCCCGCAGUUCGUCGCCGAAGCAUUGGCUCCUGAUAAUCCUCCUCUAAAGAUAAGAUUCAUUGAUAAUACGGAUCCUGCUGGAAUUGAUCAUCAGAUUGCACAGCUUGGUUCCGAGCUGGCUUCUACACUUGUAAUUGUGAUUUCAAAGAGUGGAGGUACCCCUGAAACAAGAAAUGGUCUACUGGAAGUACAGAAAGCCUUCCGUGAAGCUGGUCUGGAUUUUGCAAAACAGGGUGUUGCUAUAACACAAGAAAAUUCUUUGUUGGACAACACAGCGAGGAUUGAGGGUUGGGUAGCUCGAUUCCCUAUGUUUGAUUGGGUUGGCGGCAGGACAUCUGAAAUGUCUGCAGUGGGUCUUCUUCCAGCAGCACUUCAGGGAAUUGACAUAAGAGAAAUGCUUGUUGGUGCAUCUAUGAUGGACGAGGCCACUAGGAGCACAGUGCUUAGGAAUAAUCCUGCAGCAUUGCUUGCUUUAUGUUGGUAUCGGGCAACUGAUGGGAUUGGAUCUAAGGUAAAUCAAGGAAUUACUGUUUAUGGGAAUAAAGGAAGCACAGAUCAGCAUGCCUAUAUUCAACAACUAAGGGAGGGUGUGCAUAAUUUCUUUGUGACAUUCAUUGAAGUGCUACGUGAUAGACCCCCUGGUCAUGAUUGGGAGCUUGAACCAGGUGUUACAUGUGGUGACUAUUUGUUUGGAAUGCUACAGGGAACACGAUCAGCUUUGUAUGCAAAUGACCGGGAGUCCAUUACUGUCAGUGUCCAAGAAGUGACACCUAGAUCUGUGGGGGCUCUCAUAGCACUUUAUGAGCGAGCAGUUGGAAUUUAUGCCUCGCUUAUCAACAUUAAUGCUUACCAUCAACCUGGUGUGGAAGCUGGGAAAAAAGCAGCGGGUGAAGUGUUAGCUCUACAGAAGCGGGUUUUAGCAGUACUCAAUGAGGCCAGUUGUAAAGAUCCUGUUGAACCAUUGACACUUGAACAAGUGGCUGAUCGUUGCCAUGCUCCCGAAGAUAUUGAAAUGAUUUACAAAAUCAUUGAGCACAUGGCUGCCAAUGACAGAGCACUAAUUGCUGAAGGCAGUUGUGGUUCACCGCAUAGCUUAAAGGUUUUCCUUGGGGAAUGUAAUCUGGAUGAAUUGUAUGCUUAAGUUAACGCAAUGAAAUUCAUGUUAAAGUUAUUAUGGUUGAACUUAAGAGAAAAAAAAAGCUCCAAUAAAAUAAGAUAACACCAAAUCCCAGAUUGGGUUUUUCUAAGGCUUAAAAUUGAAAUACAUCCAUCAAAAUAUGGUAAGCGCCCACUUCACCUGCAUGAUACUCUUGGCUGUUACACUAGCUUGUUUUGCUCUUGAUUACUAGGGACCGAUAACCGACCAUUUUCUCAUUCAUCUGAUGAGACAGUCCAUCGCUACAAAUUUUCACCCAACUCAGGCAAUUAUAUCUGCAUCAUUGUGGAGUUAAAAUCUGCCCAAGAUUCCUCGAAUGCAACUCGUGUUUUUUGUGGGUCGCUCGGCUAAUGAAACCCAAUACAAGAAACAUCAAUUUCCAUGUUUGAAAAGCUUUCAGGUCGUCCAUUUGU